AUGGCUCAAUUGCUGGAGAAUAUUGGCAAAAACUUAGAUACAUCAUUUCUUAAUGGUGCCUCAAAGUUAAAAAUUGUUGAGCAUGCACCGCAGCCGUUAAUAUCUGUCAAUUGUAAGGCACCUUGUACCAUAACUACCACCACCUCCCAUUCAUUGGGUUAUGCAAAUUCAGCUCCAUUGAUGAAUAGUACCGAUUUCGAUACUGUAAUUGUGCAUAAGAGCAAAUCGUGCACCAUUGAAAAUGGCUGCAAACAAGAUGAUCAGGUAGACUUGAUCACAUUGCCUGCUGGAUCAUCGUCACUAGUAUCCCCUCCUGGUGCUGAAUCUACAGCCAGUAUCAUGUCGCUGGAAUUCCCGUACGACUUGAGCCCACGACCUCAUUCCCCUCCAUACUACAAUUCAACCGCCAAUGAUCACACGGACUAUAGAACUAGCUUUGGUAGAUCAAUCAGAGAAGCUGUGAUUCUCAACAGAUCGCAACAUCAUUCACCAUCACCCACUAGCUAUUUUCAACUGAUUAUGGAAGAAAGAUUGACCAGAUGGAGACCGUCAGACUCUCACCAGAGUGUCGAUGCUACAAUGAAUGGGCAGCAUCCCUACCAAAUUAGGCAUUUUGCGAAUAGAGAUACAAAUUCAAUGGUUGCAGUCCCCUUCUUCGUCAAUAUAAAAGAAUGGUGGAAGACUAAGAACGACAAUACUAGCUCCAUUGCUCCCAUUCCUGACCCAGACUCUCACAUUCUCCCAAUCUUCCAGCAGCAAACAGCUAGUUGGACGUAUAAUUUUUCAAAUUUCAUGAAGAAGAUCCAGCCACAUACUUCAGAUUCGCUCGUUAUAGAAAGAAACUCCCCCAAGCAGUUUAUUAGCGCUGAACCACAAUCAGCCAAGCAACUAUCCUACACGCCAGAAGCGAUUCCAUACAAGAACUUCGAAUUGAAUUUCGAAAAGAGAAAUCAAGACUGUAGUACAUCUGCAAGAAGAGUUCAACAAACAGAAUACGAAGACGAUGAGACAAUGAAUUUAAUUGGGGUAAAUGAAAACUUCUUAACAAAUUUCAUACAGACUAGCUGGACUUGUAUCUCUUCCAUAAGAUGCCAGUGA